AUGAUAGAAGGCUUGAUCAUCUUGACACGUCCUAAUUACGUACCACACGCAUGGCAUGGAACUCUUUUAUAUUGGGCGGUCGUAGUCUUCUCUGUGACGAUCAACGUUGUCGGCGGGUCUCUACUGCCCAAGUUUGAAGGCCUGAUUCUGGUUCUACAUAUCCUUGGCUUCUUUGCUAUUCUCAUUCCAGUGACUUACAUGUCGGAUUAUAGCACUGCUAAGGAUGUAUUUGCGACCUGGGUGAAUAGUGGUGAUUGGCCUACACAGGGUAUAUCCACGCUUGUUGGCUUGAUGGGGGCGGUAUUUGCAUUUGCUGGUAGUGAUGCCGCAGUUCACAUGGCCGAGGAAACAAAGAAUGCGCAAAAGGUCAUCCCGAUCUCAAUCCUACUCAGCCUCAUCUUAAAUGGCGUGAUGGGAUUUGCCAUCCUGAUUGCCACUUUGUUCUGCAUGGGAAACGUUCAAGCUGCACUACAGUCCAAAACGGGAUACCCUUUCAUGGAAAUAUUCUACCAGGCAACCAACUCGAUAACUGGUACUUGCAUAAUGUCCACGAUCAUAGUCAUUAUGGGCACCUGUGCGGUAACUGGCGUUUUGGCAACGACUUCUCGGCAAUUUUGGGCUUUCUCGCGUGAUCGCGGCGUUCCAGGUUGGCGUAUUUGGAGUAAAGUUUCAGAGAGAACAAAUAUACCAGUAAACUCCGUGAUACUGACGGCUGUCAUUUCCUGCCUUCUGGGGCUACUCCCAUUGGGCUCACCAGUAGCUUUCAACGACCUGACAUCGAUGUCAACAUCUGGACUAUACCUAUCAUACAUGGUCUGUUGCAUAUUACUGCUAUAUCGACGAUGCACCGGUGGCAUCUUGGAAAUGGCCGAUUACCGAAGUCGCAACAGCUCCGGGAUCCUGCCAGAAGUGGACGAACCUAUCAUUAACACAGCUGGGGCAAUGCUUGUGUGGGGACCAUUCCACCUCAAAGGAAUUUCGGGAGUUGUGGUAAAUGUGAUCGCCAUCGCAUACAUGCUUGUCGCCGUAUUUUUCAGCUUUUGGCCGCCAACCGCGCAAGUAACGGCGGCCACGAUGAAUUAUAGCGCUGUUGCAACUGCUGGAGUUAUGAUUCUCACCGUUAUAUACUACUUUUCGAGAGCUAAGAAGGUAUAUAAAGGGCCUAUUAUUGAGUUUUGA